AGGAGCCGUCACCGGAAGUUGUCGUUAACGGCUGUUUCUUCGGUUUAAAAAUCCCCUCCCCGCCUCCGUGCGCCUCCCCCCACCUUCCCUUCUCCCUCCUAGGGACAACACUGAGCGAACGGCCUGGGCCUCGGCAACGUCUGCACGCAUCGGAGAACACUCAACCCCUGAGACUCCCGGACCGCGGGCACACUCAAAUCCUUCUGCCUCUUGGAGAGGCCCCACUUCAGCAGCCGUGUCCGCGGGGAAAGAAUAGUCACUCGAUGGGGAGCAACAGAGGACCCCUUUGUGUCGCCUUCCCAACUGUAUGCUGCAAAGGAAGCAUUUCUUCUAUAAUGAAACUAGUAUUAACUGAAUGGAAAUUAAUAUGGAUUUUUAGUAGACAAUAAAUAAGCCAUAAUCCAAAGUUUUUACCAAUUAGCUUUCUUUUGGUACAUGGUUUUUCGCAUACGUUUGAAGGAAAUUGCAGAAGAAAAGUGCUAAACCUAUAUACAAAAAACCGAAGCCACCUUUUCACUCCAACAAAAGCACAAGUACAUUUUUUUUGUGGCAGCAAUGGCUCCACAGAACGAAGACACAGAAUCUAUGCAAACACAAGAACUAUCCACAAAAUUGAAAAAGAAAAGAAAUGGAAAAGAGAAUGGUGAUGAAACAGUUAGUGAGGAGUCCAUUGAUCGCAUUCCUGUCAAAUUAUGGGUGAUGCAUGGUGCAGUGAUGUUUGGCAGGGAGUUCUGUUAUGCUAUGGAAACUGCCUUGGUAACACCAGUAUUGUUGCAGAUAGGUCUUCCAGAACAGUACUACAGUCUUACCUGGUUCCUUAGCCCAAUCCUGGGAUUGAUCUUCACUCCUCUGAUCGGUUCUGCAAGUGACCGCUGCACUUUGACCUGGGGCCGCCGACGACCUUUCAUUCUGGCCCUUUGUAUUGGAGUCCUGUUUGGGGUUGCCCUGUUCUUAAAUGGAUCCCUCCUAGGUCUAGCCAUUGGAGACAUCCCUGACCAUCAGCCAAUUGGUAUAGUCCUGACUGUUAUAGGUGUAGUAAUAUUGGACUUUUGCGCAGAUGCAACAGAGGGACCAAUCCGAGCUUAUUUGCUGGAUGUAGCAGACACUGAAGAGCAAGAUCUGGCACUCAAUAUCCAUGCUUUUUCUGCAGGUCUGGGUGGAGCUGUUGGCUAUAUGUUGGGUGGUUUAGAUUGGACACAGACCACUUUGGGACAGAUUUUCAGAUCGCAACAACAAGUCCUCUUCUUCUUUGCAUCCAUCAUCUUUACUGUAUCUGUUGCUUUACAUCUUUUCAGCAUUGAAGAAGAACAGUACAACCCACAACAAGAUCACAUUGAUGAUGAAACUGAGAUACGAUCUACUGUCAGAAUAAAUGACAGUCUCCCACCCCUCCCUCAGCUUGACUUGGCCCAUGAGGAGGGACCUUUCUCUGCUUCAGUCUUCCGUAACGAAACCUCCUCGGUGCAAGAUGUCGAUCUUGACUUCCUGGAUGUAAAUAUUGGGCGGAGCCAAAGUGACUCUGUUUUGCACAUGCCUGAUGCAACGAUAGAAAUUGAACCAGAAUUGUUCUUUUUGCGGGACAUUGAACCUUCUAUUUUUCAGGACCAAUAUGAUAAUAUGUGUCACUCUUUAUCGAGUUUAUCCAAAAGUAACAAUCAGGAAGUUAUGUCCAGGUUCAAUCAAGUGUCUGCUUUGCUCAGGGAACAUGAAUCUGAAGAUUAUUCUCAGACUGAUCUGAAGACUGAUUCCAAAAUGGCAAAUGGACGUGCUGAUGACCUUAUCAAUGGUAAUAUCAACCAUAAUACAUCCAGAAUUGAAAUGAAACAAUCGUCAACCUGCAACUCCAUGCGCAGGCGAAGGCACAUGUUCUACCGACAGCCAUCUCACACUUUUUCAUAUUAUGGCAAGAUGGGUUCCCACCGUUACCGCUUUCGUCGUGCCAAUGCCAUUGUUCUCAUCAAAUCCUCACGGAGUAUGAAUGACCUGUAUGAUCUGCAGAAGAGGCAAAGACAGCGACAGAGACUGCGUAACCGGAGUGGUGUGACCAACUCGAGCAGUGAUACAGAGAGUGAGGAAGGGGAGGCUGAGACUACUGUCAAGCUCCUAUGGCUGUCCAUGCUGAAAAUGCCAAAGGAGCUGUUAAGGCUGUGUGUAUGCCACCUUGUAACUUGGUUUGCAGUGAUUGGAGCUGCGGUUUUCUACACAGAUUUCAUGGGGCAGGUUAUCUAUGGAGGAGAUCCAAAAGGUCCUCCCAAUUCUACUGAGCUGUGGAAUUAUAACACUGGUGUACAGAUGGGAUGCUGGGGACUUGUUAUUUAUGCUGCUACUGCUGCCAUCUGUUCAGCCAUUUUGCAAAAGUACCUGGACAACUACGAUUUGAGCAUUAAAGUUAUCUACACACUGGGAACACUGGGAUUUUCAAUUGGUACUGCAGUGAUGGCUAUUUUUCCAGAUGUUUAUGUGGCAAUGAUAAUGAUCAGUACCAUGGGAAUAGUGUCUAUGAGUAUCUCGUACUGUCCGUAUGCUCUUCUUGGGCAAUACCAUGAAAUGAAAACAUAUAGGAAUCACAGUCCUGGAAACUCCAAGAGAGGCUUUGGUAUAGAUUGUGCAAUCCUGUCCUGCCAAGUUUACAUUUCCCAAAUACUGGUAGCAUCAGCACUGGGCAGUGUGGUGGAAGCUGUUGGUUCAGUUCGAGUCAUCCCUGUUGUGGCAUCCAUUGGUUCAUUUCUUGGCUUUUUGUCUGCCUUAUUUCUUGUCAUAUAUCCUGAGAAUCAGCAGGACCCAGGAGAGGAAGAGAAUAGAGAGACUCUUAUGGCAUUUUCAGAAACGGGGGACAAAAAUACAGAGAAGCCAGUUCUUUUGAAGCUGUCUCAUAAAGGCACCAUCUCUGAAGUGGAGAUUGAAUCAGCUGUGUGAAGUGGCACAUUAGCAAAGCAUUCCAGAAAUUGCAUGAUCAGGCAUAUGCAAUGAAUUUCCUCUCCUCCAUUCUCUUCUGCAGACUUAACCCACCUUGCAGAAAAAAAAACAAAAGCUAACUUAGGUUCUGGUAAAAGUUUGCCCCAGCAAUCUGGUAUUGUGUACUAUGAAAUAAAAUGGUUUCACGGAUGUUUUAUUUUUAAAAUAAGUUUUAAGUGAAGACUUUUCAGAAUAUUUUACUGUGUUUAUGUACCAAAGUCCAUUCAGAAAAAAGUUGCCUUGGUCUAAUGUACAAACAUACCAUUUUGUAGCUAGUAAAGCUUUUCUAUUUUGCCACAUCAAUCUAUUUCCUAAAAAGCUAUUUUGAAUAGUCUCCAUUAAUAUUUCUGACACAGAUAGGACUAAAUUUUUACAGUUUCAAUCUUGGCAUAAUUGGAGUUUUAAAGUAAUAAUUUUGAACAGUAAGAUGCCAUUGAUUUCUUGUGGAAAUAAGUUAUAUUUUCUAAUUAUUUUCCUGGGCAAUUUAAAUUUGUUUUCAAAUGGCAUGAUGCAGAUGGUUUCCCUUUUUUACAUGUCAUCUUUAAUCAGGUAAGCCACAAACAUUUUUCUGCUUCCUAGAUUUUAUAGGAAGAAAAUCAGUAGCCACAUUUUUCUUAUGCCAGAUGAACAUUGUUAACUGGUUUUACUUAAUAACAAUUGUGGCGAAUGAGUUUUGUGAAAUGGACAGCUGUCUUUAGACAUGUAGAAUGUAGUAUUAAAUAGCUGAGAACUGUUCUGGCUUGUUUUCUCCGAUUAGUCAACUAGAAAAUUGACCUCUUGCAAUGAGCCUAUAACCAUUAAUACCUUAUUUUAGGGAACAUCUGUCCAGUUUUUCCUUUGUUUCAGAUUUUAAGAGAAAUUUGUAUUGCAAUACCAUCUUUUUAUCUUUACUGGAAGAGGUAAAGAUCAAACAUCUGAUGUGAAUGCCAACACGAUUGAUUAGUUCAGCAAGACUAAGUGAAGAAAUUGCCCAGAAAAUACAAAUGGUUUACAAGUCCUUACUGAGUUGUGUUUUUUUUUUUAAAAAAAAGAAAAAAAAAUUUGCUAUCUUUGAAUUUCUUGUAUGCUGCUAGCUAGCUGAAUUGUACGUGUUUUAAUUGUCUAGGUUCUGUUCAUCAAUGUCCAUAGGCAUGUUACAAGUUUAAUUCUACAGGAUGGGACUGUUCCUGCUAUUUUUCUGUCUUUCAGACUGAUGGAGCUUCUUCACUACUCCCAAUAUGGAUUCAGAACUUUAAUGUUGUUUGAGACUGCACUUCAAACUUUGGUGUUUCCAACUGGCAGUCCCAACACUAGUGUAGAAGUAAUAGUUUAACAAUUCUCUUUCUAUUGAGGAAAUCCAUUUAAUGUCUGAAAUUGUAUCUAUAGAAAAACUGGUUUGAGUAGCCCAGUUUAAAGUUGUUUUUUAUCACUGAGUGAAAGUUCAAGCAACACAAUGUCAGUCUUUUUGAAAAUUAAUCUGGGGCCAAAGAAGCCUGAAACUAAUUGUGGCCUAGUUUUUGAUGAUACAGUUGAGGUGGGUUGAAGUUUGCUUAUUACUACCAGGAAAGGACAGCAAAAUGCAGCAUAAAAUAGCCAUUUCUGUUGCACGAGCUCUUCAUCUUGGAGUAAAAGAGAACUACUUGUAAAACUUUGAUUAUUUUCAGGAUUAAUCUGGGCUGCGUCCACUGAAACAUCUUCCUCACUCUGCUAAGGAAGAAAGAAAAGCUGAGACUAACCACUAACUUUGUUUUCUUUUUGUUGCGUGCAGACGAAUCAAACAAAUGUUGCAAUAAUUUAUCUACCUACCUUUGUAAAAUAGACUUCUGAACACAUGCAGAAACUGCUGUUUUGUCAUCAGGAAAACAGUGACAUUGUUGGUAAAAUCUCUGUGUUCUAAAGUUCAUUAUUAGUACUUGAAGUGUGGAUGCAGUGCAAGGAUGUCUGUUUGGAACAAAGGCACCAUUUAGCCAAAGCAAAUAGACGACAACAAAUGACAAAAGGACAUUUUUCAGAAAUUCUUACAGUUCAACACGUUCCUGUAUCACCAUGAUGUUGACUAUUAAAACAAAACUCUGAAUGUAAUAUGUGGUUCUUUUGAAAUGCUAUGGCAAUGCAACAGAAAUUGCACACAAUUCUACAUCAAAAAAGACUUUUAAACAUGUUUUUGGUGUCCUAUUUAUUUUGCAAUUGUAUUGGAUUUUUUUGUAUUUUAAGAUACUACUGACUGUAACAGACCCAAUCUACCAAAAUGCCAACUUGUGUUGGGUGCAGUUUAUAUUUGAGUUCUUGUAAACAGGUAUCUUCCUUGAAUUUAUAAAAGUUAGUUUUGUUGUACGGGCAUAAAUCUGGUUUUUGAGCGUGUCAAAGUUAUAAAUCUGUAGCUAACUUUUAUGUCCAGUAAAAGUGGAGCUACUAACUGUUCAAACUUGACUUUGAAGAUGAUGGGAAUGUGCAGUAUUUCAUGAAUACUCGAUGCAAUUUGUUGUAACAUCUGUUGUAUGACAAUGGGAUAGAAUGGGGAAGAAAGCUAUUCAAAUACAAAUUUAAAUUUAUUUAUUGACAAUGAAUACAUCUUGUUUUAAUAGUAUGACUAAAUCACUUUACUUAAUACAAAAAAUUGAGCUUGGUCACAGCACAGUAAAAUGUGCCCAACUGACACUGAUCAAUGUAGAAUCUUUGUGAACAGGUUAUAAGUAUGGUUGAUGUUUUCUAUUCUGCACAUUUCAGAACUACAGUUAAAGAAAUUGUAUUGUGAGCAUGUUUACUGUCUUUUAAAUCCUGAAUUAUGGAGAAUGGCCUGCUUGUUUGCUGUUUUAGUUAACAUGCUGCAAAGAUCUUGUAUUUGACCCAUCCAUAAACAACUGAAAUAUGCCAAAAUGAGAGUGAUGCUCCAAAUUUGCACAGCAUGUAAACUGUAUUUCUCUUCUGUAUAUUUGAGGUUCACCAAAAUUAUCAAUGUUAAUAGGUUAAUGGUUUUAGGAGGCUACUGUCACCUUGUAAUUAUUGAACUGCACUUAAAUGGAAUGGUGGAGGAAAUGCAUCAAAUGUCUCCAAUAUAUACCAAUCGCUUCUACAAAGGCAUCUCAUUUUAAAUAUGGUUCCAUAGUGAACUGGCCAAAAGACGACUGCUUUUUUUAAUCAACUUAUUAAGUUGGGGCACUAGUAGCUCUUGCUGAGUGGAAAUAUUAAAUGUGUUAAACACAUGCUUUGUUUAAAAAGGGAUGAAAGCAAAGAACAUUUAAGAUAGAAUGAAAUGAGUGACUUAAUGGCAUAGACUUUAUUUCUGUAUUUUCAAGCUUUUUUUUGUUGGAGGGAUUGAAAAUGAGUCAUUGCAUGAAACAGUGACUGUUAAGCACUUUCCAUUUUAACUGUGUACUCAAUUGAUUUUAAAAGAAAAGUAGAAAAAUUCUAUUCUUCCAUAUAGUGUUUCAAUAUAUUCUAUUUCAUGAAGAAUAAAAAUUCCAAUGAACAUA